AUGGACUUCAUAGAGAAGGAGCUCAAAGUCAAGCCGACCUCCAGCAAGUCUUCUGUUGACUCGGACGAGGUCCUAGGAGCAUUUGACAACGCGCUCGAUGAAUGGUUUGGGCUUGGCACUGGCGCCAGGGGAGUUUUCCGCAAGAAGGCAAAGGAAGGCUUCUGCCCUGGCUGCGGCUGCAAACUUCAGUCAAGCUCGUCAUCAGCUCCAGGCUAUGUGCCGGAGAGCAAGACAGGACAAGAGAAAGUUGUAUGUGUGCGGUGUUAUAAUUUGCAGCAUUACGGAAAAGUCAAUCCAGACCUUACAGCACAGAACGCAAAAUACACCGAGGUCUCCCCAGCCGCAUUUCGGUCGAUCCUGGCUCCUCUCAAGAAACAGAGUUGUAUCGUUUGCUAUGUCGUUGAUAUCUUCGACUUUCACGGGACCUUCUUGCCGGACUUGAAGGAAAUAGUGGGAAGAGAUCGAGUCAAGCAGUGGGUGAGGGAAGAGGCGAAAAUCCUCGGCGACUACUUGAUCGUAGAUGUAGUUCUUAUAAGCGCGGCAUCUGGUUAUGGUGUAAAGCUGCUGGAGCAGCAGCUGAGAGCCUGGAGCUCGAAGAGGAAGCAGAACAUCUACAUUGUUGGAGCAGCCAACGUGGGCAAGUCGACCCUGGUCAAUCGACUGCUGGCAGGAGAUUUUUCGCAGGUGGGAGAGGCCAAAGUGAAGAUACGGGGGAAGCUCGUGGAGGAUGAGGAGGAGCUGCGAAGCCUCGGGGUUGAUCUUCCUGCUCAUGCUGCCCCUCCCGCUGCCGAGGACGGGAAGGAGGAGGAUUCGAAGGAGGUGCAAGAAAGUGCAGGCGCGGGGAAACUGCAGACGUUCAAGAUGCCAGACGACUUCAAGCUGGAUCUAGGGGAGGACGAGGAGGACGAGGAGGAGGAGGAGAAGGAGGGGGGUGCAGAGCUUGCUCAGGACUUCGAGUACAAGGACAAGAGGAAGCUGCAGAAGACUGAGAGAGAUCACAGAACGAGAGUCCUGCGAGGAAUGCAAGGCGGAGUCACAACCUCCUCCCUGCCUGGCACGACCCUUGACCUGACUGAGCUUGACCUCGGCAACGGUUACAGCAUGUUUGACACACCAGGACUCAUUGUCCCAUCUCAGCUCACCAACAUGCUGACCAUGGAGGAGCUCGCCGUCGCCCUCCCCCAGCACAAGGUCGAGCACGUCACCUACCGUAUCCCCGCGGGCACCUGCGUCCACCUGGGCGCCUUCGUCAGGAUUGAACUCCUCACAGACAAGCCUUUCUUCUUCACUAUUUUCGUCAGCAACCUGGUGACGAUCCACGUCGGCAAGACGUCGAAGGCCGAGGAGUUCCGGUGGGCGCAGGUUGGGAGGAUGCUGAAGCCUCCGAUGACGUCGGAGCGACUGAAGGCAGUGGGGGAGUUGGAGGAGACUAUCCUUGACGACUACGGAGACUCGUGGGACGUGGCGUGUACCGACAUCGUGAUCGCUGGGUUCGGGUGGGUGGCGCUGACGGGGAUCGGACCGGUGAGGGUGCGGGUGCUGGCACCCAAGGGGGUAGGGGUGACAAGACGGUCACCGCUGAUGCCGUUUGAGGCGAGGACGUCGACAGAGUCGUACUCGGGAGGAGGAGACAAGAAGGGAAACUCGAGGAGGACGAAGAAGCUGACGCUGCCUGGGAACAUGAAGCUCUCCCGGGGAAGGAACACGGGGAAGAAGAUGUACUGA